CAUCACCUUUCUGCCCACAAAACAUCUCCUUCUUCCUUUCUUACAAUUUGUGUCCAUCCAUCUGCUUUCAUCCCUCAUCGGAAAAGUUCAAUUUUUUCUGCAGCCAAGACGUAAUCUUCUUAUUUCUUUUUUUUUUUUUCCUCUUGGUUUUCCGCAAUUCCAAUGGAGACUCCAUCAUCGACGAGAAGAGUCACAAGAUCACAAACCUUGUCCGCUGCUGCCGCAAACAGCAGUGCUACUAGCGUUUCCACAUUAAGGAAAAUUGAAGAAUCUGAAACUGGUCUGACAAAAUCAAGACACAGAAAGAACGGGAAGCAGCAAGAUCGCUCAGCCCUGAUUGAUAUCACCAAUGAUUCUCCAAUAGUUGGGCUUGCAAUGGGAAGUUUGGAGACCCCAUCGUCAGCCAUGUCCAAGAAAAGAUUUAGCAGCAGAGCGAAGCAUGAUGGCACUCCUGGUUCAGGGGAAGCACUUUUGAGGGGGCAAGUCAAGACUUUACUGCAGAAAGUUGAAGAAGAGGCUGAGCACUCCAAAUUGUCUUCGGAAAAUAGGCCUUUCCUCCACCUCCAAGCCUUCAUUAAUUCUCCUUUGACUCUUGCAGCCCCUACACCAGCGAAUACCCCACAAAUCCUGAACCUCUCUGCCAAUGGCAGUUCCCACACCAGUGGGUUGGCUUCCUUAACCCAAUCUCCUGUAGAAGAAAAUUUUAUCAUUUCUCAGAUGGUUAGUGAGAUUUUUGAUGGAAAGAAACAAGAGGGCAAUCAGUCCGACAAGAGUUCGAUGAUUACAAGGUCUCUGAUACUGGAUUUUUCUGAAAAAUCAGAAGGAUCUGAAUGUUCAUCUGGGGUGACGUACCAAGGGGGAGAGAGCGAAGGCAAAGAAAGGGCAACCACUGAUGAUGAUGAUUCAUCUAUUUGGUCCAUUCAGGUUAAUGCAAGUACUAUAGAUGAUCUAGAAGAAGACGAUGAGGAAGGCCUUGAUGGAGUUGAAGAGGAGUGCGACAAUGACUACUAUUAUGAUGAAGAAGAAGAAAAGGAAGAUGAUUUAGAAUUGGUUGAUGAACUGUGUGAUGCAAUCAGCAAGAUCCGUGUGAAUGGUGAGGGGACUAUGGGAGAAUUUGCUGGCAAGCACACUCGGUUUGUCUACAACAGUGAUGACGAGCUCGAAGGAGAGGAGGAAGUUUGUGGUCUACAGAGUGAAUCGGCAUCAACUGCUUCGCCAAGCGUCUUGAAAUUGAAGGGCUUGCCAACACCAAAAGGGAAACACCUUCGCUUCCCUGAUGACUGAAUUUCUCCAGUUAGUUCAUUGUUGGUUGUUUUGUCAUGAUGGAAUUCUUGGUUGUCUUGCUCGCGACAGCAUCAUUUCUGUUCUCUGUCUUCUCGUUGACCUAUUCGUUUGAACUUGUUUCUGGAAUACUACAAUACUCAUCAAUUCAGUUUUAUCUCUUGCGA